GCAUGCGCAGCAUUUGGAAAACACCAACGACUCGGCAUGGCACGACUUGCCACAACUUGUAGUGGCGGCAAAUGACAACGCUUUCACAACGGCAUGUGACAGGUUUGUGGCACGGCAAACAAAUGCGAAUUCAGUUUUGUUUCGACCGUCGUGCGCUGUAGACGUUGUAACGGGAAAUUUGCGAGUAAAACAUACAAAGCAAGCAAAGUGUGGUAAACAUUUCAAGCUGCUUCAAGCAUGUGGCGUGUGUUGAGAAAAAAUAAAUUAAAAAAUCAAAAAUUAUAAUAAAAUUAAAAAAAUAAAUUUAAAAAACUAGAAAUCAGAAAAUUACGCACUUCACUUGCUAAAAACCACUAUGGACUAUAAUAACUUAAAAAUUCCAAUAAAAAUAAAACGCGCUACUUAAGCGUUAAGUUUUUAAUGCCCCCGGGAGAUGAACACACCUCCCGCAUUUAAUUCUAUUAACGCGCGGCAAUUGAAUAUUUGCAUAAAAGCCUUUUUAUGAACCCGACGCACCGGAAGCAAAGUGCUGAAUAAAAAUAAAAUAAAAAACAGAAAACAAAGUGCAUAAACAAAAUAAAACUUUAAAACCGGGCGCAAAUAAAGUGUUGCGGGGACACACGCGCUCGUAAAAAAAUCAACUACAUUAAAAAUACAAAUAAAAAAGUUUUUAACACAACAAACAAAACAAAAGCAAAGCACUGUUGGAGGUGUAUGUGUGUAAAUAAGAAAACAAAAUAAAGCAAAAAAUGCACAGACAUAAAACACACACAAACAAUAACAACAAUAACAAGUCAGCAUUGCAGGAGACACGCUUCGACGCCGCGACCGCCUACAAGACGUGUUAAUCCUUCGACAGCGAGCAGCACCAGAACAGCUGAGUAAAGUGACAGAGAGCAGCGACAUUUUAAUGGCACGUAAAUAAUGAAAAAAUACAAAAACAAAAACAAAUAUAUUAUAUAUGCAAAAGUAAGGUAAUAAAAUAAUAAAAUCCGAAAAGCUGAAAGAAAUAUAAUAAAAAGUUUUGCUUUCCGCAAUAAAAAGUGCGCAAAUAAAAUCUACAAAAACAAAAUCAUAUUAAAAACAAUAAAAAAUUUUAAUUUUUCGAAAGGGAAAAAAUAAUAAAAAUUGAAAGUCACAACAGCAUGCACAUAAACCGUUAAUAAACGUUCCGGCUGCGGAUUUUCAUUUUUCGCGCGCUUAUUUUGUUUUGUGUUGGACGCUGUGCGCAAUUAAAAAUGGCUUAACACAGACCAGCCAACAAGCGCAUGCACGUGUGUGUGUGUGUGUAUUUAACGAAUUUUCAUGUUCACUGCGCGCGACCCGCUUGCCAUUGCUGUUGUUGUUGUAAUUAUCGAAUAGUUUGUGACAUUACGGAAAAGUUGUGAAUUACAGCAACAAAGUGGUGGGAGAAUAACAAAAAAAAAACAGAAACAACAGUUAUUGUAAAUGAAAAUGUGAAAUCUGCAGUGGCGAACAAAAGCGCUUAGCAAACAGUGCGAAAGGUGUAAAAACAUAAAAACAAAAAACUCCACAAUUGUUGCUCAGCUGUAAUCAGUGUCAAAGUUUUUUGUUUCACAACAGAGAGACCAGCUGGAAAAUACAUAUCUCCUCACCUACGAAGGAUAAAACGAGCGCUGAGUGUUCAGUUGACUAUUCCCAUGCAAACUUCAUCACGAGGACACCGGCAAACGGAAAAACUACAACGAAAAUGCUGAUAUUGCUGCCGCUGUUGGGUGUGUUGUUUAACGGUCUCACAACAGCGCAUGUUGAGGCGAAUUUAAGUUUGGAAUUUAAGGCAACAAAGCUUUUGAGGCAACACAAUCCUGCUAACUGUACAGUUGGCAAUAAAACAUAUGCGCAUGGACAGACAUUUAAAUUGGAUUGUAAAACACAAUGUGUCUGUGAGAAUGGACGGCAUGCCUGCUCAUCGCUCUGUCCGAAGGAGCAAUUGCCAGCGCCGGAGGACACGAUUUCCUGCAGAUCGCCGCGUCUGGUGGAGGUGCCGGGGCAUUGCUGUAAAAUGUGGCUGUGUGAGAAUCCCACAGCUGAUGUCUACGCCACCUGCCACAACGCCUCGACCAGCCCGUGGACGCCGUGCUCACAGCCCUGUGGCCUUGGCAUUUCGACGCGCUUCACAAGCACGAACGCUGGCUGCCGACAAUUGAGCAGCUUGCGAUUGUGUGAAAAUCGCAAAUGUGAUCACGACAAUAACAAUAGCAACAACAACAAAAACUAUUUACUAACGCCACAGGAGGCACAGCAGCAACAACAACAGCAGCCACAAAAGCCUGCGCAUGCAGAGCAUCAACGGCAACAGCAACAAAAACAAAAACAACUAAUUAGCCAUAAUGUGGCAAACAAUUUAGUUGUAAGUGAGCCUAAGGAUAUUAAGGUUAUAACAAAUUACCAUGCCACAUUGCUGGCGGCGCAUGAGGAGCAUCGAAUACGCAAAGGCCAUGAGUGCCGCAGCUUACAACGCCUUGGACCGGCACGCAUACGUUUGGGCGCUUGCAUUUCCAGAAAGCUCUAUCGGCCGAAGCUUUGCGGACUAUGUCAUCAGCAUUCGGGCAAGUGUUGUCGACCAUCGGUCUCAACAACCAUACAGGUCGAACUGCUGUGUCCAUUGAACGCCGACGACCCCAUCAGCGUUGCCGAACAACAACAGCAACAGCCGGAAGCACAGGCGCCACUGCAGCUAUGGGACACUGUGUCGCUGGAGCCAAUCGAUCAGGAAUUCCUGCAAUCACAUCAAAUACAAAUCGAGAAUAAAUUCAUAGCUGUUGAAUGGAUUCUGAAGUGCGAGUGCGGCAAAUAUGAAAAUUGCAACAACCUGCAAAAAUACACGACAACAAUGCAUAAUGGCACAAGUGACAAUAGCACCAGCAAUAGCCACAAAAGCACACAACAAGCCAGCAACAACAACUACAACAAUAGCAACAACGGCAUCAACAAUAGCAGAAAUACCGUUAAUAGCUGGCGCACAAGUGGCACUCUUAGUGACCGCAAAAAUAAUAAAAAUGUGGCGACAAAUAUUAUCAGUGAAACGGCACGCAAUAACAAUGGUUAUGCGUACAACAACAACAAUAACAAUAGCAACAACAAAAACACAAACAACAAGAAUAACAAUGCGGGCAUAAGUGGUGGCACUGACAGUGGCAAUAACAUGGGCAACAUGGCAAACAGCAACGAUGAGCAAAACAUUGCUGCGGACAAUGACAGUGAUAAUCGCUAUGUACAACAACAACAACAGCAACAGCAGCAGCAGGAAGAGGAAGAAUCAGCACAGCAAGAGCAUUUAUUGUCGUCGAGUGAACUGCAACCAGACAUUAUACCAUAUCCGGCCAUGUUGCCGCCACACCGCAACAAUCCAGUGGAAAAAAGCGACCAGAGGAGUCAGCCGAACAGCAACAACAACAACAGCAAUGAUGACAUUAACAACAACUACAAUAGACAUAGCAACUACCGCGAACACGAGGCUGAGGAUGGUGGCAAUACGGACACAAUUGACAGCAAGCGUGCGAACAGUGAACUUAAUAACAACAACAACAAUAACAAUAUCAGGCUUGUAACAAGUGCUGCUGGAGCGAAUAAAAGUAAAGCAGUUGCUGGUUUUGGUAUUUACAACUGGGACGCCAAUGAAGGCGACGAUAAUAGUGCCGUUACACAGCGUGAGGACAUCGAAAAGCCAAAUGAGCGCGGAGCAGAGCAACAAAACACACUUGAGGAGGAGCAGGAGCAACAGCAAGAAGAUCAACAACUGCUGCAGUGGAAGUUUGAGAAAAAUUUGCAUUAUCAGCAGGAGCAGCGGCUGGCUGCCAGGCCAACAGAACCGGACGCGCAUUGGCCAACACAUUACACACAUCAUCACCACCAACCGCAUCAGCGGCAACAUCAUCACCAUCACCAUCAACACCAUCAUCACCAUCUACACCACCAGCAGCAGGAAGAGCGCCAAGCACAGCAGACGCACCCACGGCCACAGCUGCAACAUCAGCUUCGGCUUGAACAGCUGAGCGAACAACAGCAGCAACUACAACCGGUGUUGCACGCGCUACGCCAACGCAGCACAUAACAACGCAGACGCACACCACAAAUGCAUCGUCAACGUUGGCCGCCACGCAAGGGACGAGGCAAGAGGAAAAAGACCAAGACCAACCAGGGAGCAAAGCGACGCAGCCACGGCGGGACAAUAGCGGCGGGGAGAGACGUGGCUGGCGGUGUGUUUGCAAUGGGCACACAAGUGGGCACUUCAUAAAUAAAUUGCAGCGCGACAAACUGAUAAACCGGUGGAAAAGCAACAAAAUUACGCGAGCGACGCAAAAAAUUGGAGAGAACAAAGGCAAAUGAAUGAAACAACAACAGAUAAGCAAUGAAAUAUGUGAGAGUGUGUGUAUGUGUGAGUGACAGGAAUGAAAAUCGACGAGAAGCGCGUAAAGGACGAAGGGGCAAUGACAACAACAGCACCAACAACACCAACAACACCAACACGCACCAGCCGAACAACCGUGCGAUACAUCAACUCAGUGUUAGUAGUUAGUGCAUUGGCAGUAUGAAGCGUAACUUGAAGUGAAUACCGACAGACAGACAGACUGUGCUACGGUGACGCACCGGCGGAUGGAACAGUCAAAAGGGGACCGGCAAAUAACAGUUGCAAUUUUUGCAUAUCACAAAGCAAAUAAAUUUUUAAUUUCCAGCGCCGCACAAAAAAUAUCCGGCAAUUUUUGUUUGGUGUAGCGUUGGAAAAACAACAAUAACAACAACCAUAAUAACAAACAACUUCGCAAAGGAAAGUGGCGAAAAAAACUGAAAACAAACAAGCUAUCGUGUAAAAGUUGUCGCUACAACGGACAGACAGCCGAACACCAAAACAAAUAAAUUGAUGAAAAUACCAAAAGAGGAGGCGGUAAACAAGCCUUGUGUUCAGGUGUAAGUUUACAUCUGUUUGUUGUCACCAAAUUUUCUGCUUUAAAUUUUUAAUGGUUUAUGAAGUUAGUCCUUUAGUGGUGGUACUGGACGCUGUUUGGUAGCAACAUGUUCAAUGUUACUGUAAAGAUUUGAUUCUGUAAGGCUUGCGGCUUUCGAUGAAUUGCUUUAUUUGGUAUUGUUUAGGUCUGAGAAUCAAACAAUCCAGUGAAGCCCAUCUUCAAACUCAAUUAUUAUACCAAAUGAUGUAGCAGAGCACUUAAAUAAAAUUUGGUAAUCAAAAUCGAGUUUCCGUUACACAGAAACCAAGAAGCUCCCAGAUGCAGCUAUCCACUGAUCUACUUUUACUUAAAUUUUGAGAACUUUUUACUUAAUGUUCAUGCACAUUUUCACAAUGGACCUCAUAAAGGCCUAGAUGCGUCGACAGACAAUAACCUUAUCUAACCUCAUCCUUCAAACCAUCCAAUAAAAAGAAUAAUAAUGAGGUCUUCAUUUCCAUAUUUCCAAGUCACUUUAGAAGUAUCUGAAGGACUUGUACACAAUACUUCUAUAAAUUCCAAAUAACAAUUUCUAUAAAGAUAAAAGUUCUACAGAACAUUGAUAGACCAUUAACGAAAGAGCUCAUGAACCAAAAUUCUACCGCAACAGUCUUUUAGUAAAAUUCCACGAACCUCGAAUUCCGAAACGAGUACCAAUAUAAAAUUUGAUAGCUCAAUAUUACUCUCAGACAAUAGAAAUUAAGAGGUUUUCUUUUAGAAUCUAAACACACAUUCUCGACAGCUUCAAUAUUUGACAUUGGUAAUGACUGUAUAGGAUUGGCUUCAACUUCACUUCACUUAUGUCACCUUUGUUCUGAGCUAAGCCGGCGGGUGUUUGGUGCGGGGUCUGGUUCGCGAGUGCCACACUUUAUAUUACAAUUAUGUCAGAGAACACAAUGAAUGAUGCCGUUAAGAAUUGUGUAAAAACGUAAUGCUAUGUUUGCUUCGAAAAAUGUAUGCUACGAAUGAGAACUAUAUCAAAUAAAAUUGUGCAAAGAACUGAGUGAAUACUGAGUGUCUAUUAAGGGAUGGAUUAAAUAAAUUUAAUUAACAAAUAUUUAUCAGUUAAUACUUGUCUCUAUGUAUUGAGUAUUUCAUAAAGUUGUAAAUAAUUGUAUUUUAGUUCAUCUAUGAAACAUAUCCUGAAACAAAGGCAGAUGCCUACAUAUCUAUAUGGUAAGUAUGCAGUUUGAUUAUUCAAAACUCAGUUUGAUGAUUCAAAAAUCGUGCUACUUGACGAAGUCGCUGUUAUCUAAAUCAUCCAUAUGGUCGGCUGAAUUAUAUUUUUCCAUAUCAACACUAAUAAUAAAUGAUCCAUGAAAUAAUAUGUCUCUAUAGACAGGGUUGCUUUCAUUUAACUAUAUGCAUUUUAAAAUAUUCGUCAAACCAUCAGUAUCAUUAAGUUUAGUUAUUAAGUGGAGUACUCGGCGGAUUUAAAAAUAUUCCAGGUUAUAUAUGUGAGGCAUAAUACUUAUAUCAAAACCUUAUUGUAUAACUAGUUGUGCUCUCGCAACAUGUUGCUGAGAGUAAUCGUCUAACAUUCCAAUUUGUUUUCAUAAUUAUUUUCAUGAACGAAGAACGGUAUUUUUGAAAUAAAACAUUCAGAUAAUAAAAAUGAAAGUCAAUAUCAAAUGGAUGCGCAUAAAAACAAACUGAUUGACUACCAAUACGCAAAUAAUUGUAUUUUGUUACACAUAAGUGUACGUGAUAACUCGAAAAUUUAUAUAAUAACAUACUUAAAUUAAGCGAAAGUGUAUACAAAUUAAUUGAAAACAAAAAAUAGAAAAUAAAUUUUAAGAAGAAAUAAGUAGAAUUAAGUUUAAGUGCAAAAAAGAACUAAAAUAAUUAAACAAAAAAAUAAAUAAAUAAAUAAAGAACAUAAUCAACUGCACAAAAACAACUAAAAGAAGAAAGUAAAUAUUUUUGCGAGCAAGCCUAUACAUAAACAAUUGAAACACUAACAACAUUAUACUAAUUACAUAAGAGUAAAUUAAACAAAAUGAAUCUAAAAGCAGCAAAUUUAAAAUAACGCCAAAAUUAAUGAAAAUUAAAACAAAGCAAAAUUAUGUAGUUGAAAGAGCAUAGAUACCUUUAAGCUAACUGUAAAAAAAAGUGUAGUCGUAAGAGAAAAGAUUGAAAAAAAAUAAUAUUUAAUUAAAAUCGGUAAACACACAUCAAUUAGUAAAAGCUAAAACAAAAACCAAAAACAAUUUGAAUUUUCUCUUACAAACAGCCGUGAGCUGUUGGCCUGCAAUUUGAGCGUAAAAUGAUCUAAAUUGUCUAAACGAAAAUUGUAUAUGCAUUACAAGAGCAACAAAGCAAUUGCUAUUCAAUAUGUAUGAAAUGUAUAAACGUUAAUUAUAUAUUUGUAUGUAUGUGUAAGCAUUAUAUGUAUUUAUAUAUUGUAUAUGUACUGGCAAUGUAUAUGUAUACUUACUUACAUGCAUGCAAUAGGUCAACUUGUGGAGCAGCUGCGUGAGGUCUAAGCUCGCUGAGAAAGCAAAUAAGAAAGAAACAAAAAAAAUGUUGAUUUUCAAAAAAAAAAAACAAAAAAAAAAACGACGAUAUACGAGUAUUCAUACAUCUGUAUGUGUUUAUGUGUGGCGGCGUUACUUAUACCGAAUGAAAUCUAAACUACUACAUAUCUACAUAUACAUAUUCUAUAUCUGUGUAUCUGUGUGUACUAAUAGGAUGCUUGGCAUCCGCAAAACAAUUAUCAAAUGCAUACAUAUAAGCAUUAAUCAUGAGUUUUUCCAUUUCAAAACUCAAUUUUUAUUUUAGCGCAACGCCUUAGUUCGCUCAACAACUUUGAUUUGAUGAAGCAUAUUUGUGUAGCACACAUAUGCAAUUGACUUUUUCACCAUUAUUCACUUGUUCUAUAAUUUCGAUAUGUUAAAAACAAAUAUUCUGCAAUUCAAUAAAAGGCGAAACUAUAUAUUUUAA